AGAUAAUCACAAGGGUUGCAAAAUUGUGAUGACUUCAAGAAGUGAAGAUGUAUGCAACGGCAUGGACAUACAGAAGAAUUUUAAGGUUGGUGUCUUACAUGAAGAAGAAGCAUGGAAUCUCUUCAAGGUGAUGGCUGGAAUUUCUGACGAAGGUACAAAUCACCCAACUGAUUUACAGUUGACGCAGAUGGCAGUUGCAAAGGAAUGUGGAGGCUUGCCGAUUGCUAUUGUUACAGUCGGGAGGGCACUUAGAUGCAAAAACAAGUAUUCAUGGGAUUCUGCUCUUGAACAAUUACGAAAGUCUAUGGUCAAAAACAUCAGUGGAGUGGAUGAAAAUGUGUUUAAAUCUCUGGAGUUGAGUUAUGAUAACCUUGAAAGUGGUGAAGCCAAGAAAUGCUUUUUGCUCUGUUCUUUAUAUCCGGAAGGUUUUGCUAUUCCAAUUGAAGAUCUCGUUAGAUAUGCGAUUGGGAUAGAGUUGUUUGAGCGCAUUGAUAGUGUGCACGAAGCAAGAAAUAGAAUAUAUUCCUUAGUUGAUGACUUAAAAAAAUGCUAUCUAUUGAUGGAAAGUGAAGAAGUAGAGUGUAUCAAAAUGCAUGAUGUCGUACGUGACGUGGCUAUAUCAAUUGCAUCUAGGGAGGAGCAUUCGUUUUUGGUGAGAUGUGAUAAAGUAUUGAAAGAAUGGCCUGAGAAAAACCGACUCCAAAAGAACACUGCAAUUUCAUUAAAAGUUAAUGAUAUGCACUGGCUUCCUGGUAAUUUAGAAUUUCCAAAUCUCCAGCUUCUACAGCUGGAUUGCAAUGCUGGAUUACCACCAAUCUCAUCAUAUGAUCUCAACAAAGGGAUGGAGAAGGUCAAAGUACAAGAAACCCCAGAUAGUUUCUACCAAGGAAUGAAAGAAGUUAAAGUUCUAGCUUUAUCCAAUAUGUACAGCUCAUUGCCGACAUCACUUCAAUGCUUGACCAAGCUCCGAACCUUGUCACUUUUUCGUUGCCGACUUAUUGAUGAUGAUAUCUCUAUAAUCGGAGCAUUAGAGAAUCUGGAAAUUUUGAGGUUUGGCGGCUCUUAUAUCAAGGAAUUGCCAAAAGAAAUAAUAGGUCGCCUUGCUCACUUGAAGGUACUUGAUUUGUUGGGAUGUGUACUGGAAAGGAUUUACCCAGGGGUUUUGUCAAGCUUAUUAAAGCUAGAAGAGUUGUAUGUUGGGUCUAUCUUUGAUAGUUGGUGUAGAGUUGAAGAAAGCAAAGAAGGUGCUAAAGCAAUUAUCGAUGAGCUGGCGACCUUGUCCAAUUUGGUGGCUUUGGAUAUUGCUCUGAUAAACAUUACCUUCUGGCCAAGAAGUUUGGUCAUUGAGAAUGUAAAAAAGUUCAAUAUAGUUGUUCGCACUUCCGUUGGUGGCUACAUCCCCGACCCUCGUUAUUCGUUAUCAAAUAAGUUGGCGCUUCGAGUUCAAAAUGUGAGUGACAUUAUUGAAAUGAGGCUUAAUUUGCUUUUGAAGAGCACCGAAAUUCUGACUUUAAAAUCAAGUUUUAAAGGUUUGAAAAUUCUCGGUGAUUUGGUCGACGAAAAGGGUUUUGAAUGCUUAACGAACUUGACACUAGAAUACUUGCAUGAUUUGGAAUACCUCAUCAAUACAGCAGAUGGGGUUCAACAGAGUGCUUUCCCUGUGUUAGAGUUUAUGGAACUUCGUUAUCUAUAUAAUUUCAAAGGGAUUACUAGUCUUAAAUGCAGACUACCAAACAAGGCUUUUAGUGCUUUGAAAGAGUUGAGAAUGGAUUCCUUGCCUGAACUGACAAAUUUGUGGAAGGGUCCCACCCAUGUAUGGCUUGGCAACCUGAUGUCUGUAGAGGUGAUUUGGUGUCAUAAACUGGAAAGUAUAUUCUCACUUUCCAUAGCUAGAGAUCUAGUGCAACUGCAGGACCUUGAGAUCAGUCAAUGUGAUGUGAUGGAAGUAAUUGUUUUGAGUGAAGGAAGAGAGCAUGAAAUAGCACCAAUAGCAACAGAUAAAAUUGAGUUUGCUAAACUAAAGCAAUUGUGUCUUGAUGACCUGCCAAGUUUUACUGCUAUCUGCAAAGCUAUGAAUGCAAUUGAACUGCCACAACUGAGUUACUUGGUACUGCGGGACAUACCAAAGCUGAAGCGUCUCUGGCCUGCUUCAGAUUCAGAGAGUGAUUGUGAUCCCAUCAUUCAACCCCUCUUCAGCAACAAGGUUAAAUUGACUACAAUUGAAGAAUUGACCAUCUCUGGCAUGGUGAAUCUGAUGGAGAUUUGGCCUGGGGAACUUCAAGCUAAACUAAGAGAGAUGACAGUUGAGAGGUGUCAUGGGCUCUCAAAUAUUCUUUUCCCAUCCAAUUCAAUUAAGGGCAUUCAAAAUCUUGAACUACUUAAAGUAGUGAACUGUCGAUCUAUUGGAGUAGCAUUUGACCUUGAAGGACUUGUUUGGGAAGGCAUAUUAGAUAUGGCAUUACCUUCAUUAAAAAAGGUGAAACUAAGUUGUCUGCCAAAGUUGGCACAUGUUUGGAAGGACAAUUCAACAGGAAUUCAAGGCUUUCAGAACCUAAGAUCCUUAAUAGUAAUUGAGUGUGACAGUUUGAGAAAUCUAUUCUCAUACUCUCUAGCUAAACUUCUUGUGAAAUUACAAGAAAUAGAGGUAACUGAAUGUGGUAUGAUGGAAUCAAUCAUUGGAAAUGAACCAAAUGCAGAUGAUGCAGUGAUAACAAAUAUAAUCAUGUUCCCUCAACUAAGUAGUCUCAAACUCAGUGAUUUGCCAAACCUUAGGAGUUUCUGCUCUCAGACUUGUGCCUUUGAUGGAUCAUUGUUGAAAACAAUAAAAGUAAUCAACUGUCCCAAAAUGAAAGUACUCCCAUCAGCAUUUCAACGCAAGCUAGAGCAACAAAAGGCAGACUUAUCAACCUCAUCUCAACACCAUCUCUUGGAUGGAAAGAUUAUUUUCAGAGACUGGAAUUAUUCUUUAUGCAAGUUUCGACUGGUUACCAUCACAGACAUAAAUGGAUCAAUAGAGAUGUGGCACAACCAACUUGAAGUUGACCGCCUUGACAAAGUGAGAUUCAUGUUGGUCCAAUGUUGCGGGAAAUUAUCAAGUGUGAUUUCGUUGAAUUUAACGCAAAGACUACAAUAUCUAGAACGGCUGAAGGUAUGGUGGUGUGAUUCACUGGAAAUGAUAUUUGACCUCCAAGGGUUGGUAUGCGCUAGUGCUACUGGUGAGAAAGGAACAUCAAUAUUUACUUGGUUAGAAGAUUUGAAGUUGAUGUAUCUGCCCAAGUUGAUGCAUAUAUGGAAGAAUGUUUCUCAACAAACUCAUUGUUUCACAAAUCUAAGCUCCCUAGAAGUGGAGAGGUGUGACAACCUGAGAUAUAUAUUCACAAUUUCCAUGGUUGAUGUCCGUGAAUCUAAACUAUCUAAGAAUUGAAAAUUGCGAGAAACUAGAAAAGAUUGUCACCAGGGAAGCAGAAGAAAAGAUUGUCACCAGGGAAGAAGAAGAAGAAGAAGAAGAAGAAGAAGAAAGUGAUGACGACGAUGAAGACGGCAAUGGCGAUGAUGAAAGGGGAAAAAUCAAUAUUUUCAGUGUGGAACUUGAAAAUCUUCGAAGUCUCGUGUGUAUUGGAAUUCCAGAAUCCCUAAUUCGUAUUUCCAAAUUACAUGUAAAUUUCUGUCCCAAGUAUCGAGGUUAUGAAGUGGAAGGGGAGUAAUAUUACCAAUAGCUGCGGUGGAUCGCCAAUCUCUUCAUAGAGAAGGUAUGCAUUAUUGCUACACACAUACCAAAAAAAAAA